AUGAUUUCCGAGGAAAGGUCUUCUGUAGGCUCGUUGUUAAGCCGAGGGAACCUCCAGAGGAAGUCAUCACACCUGAAUAAAACAAUAGGGGACGACAACGUCGGAAUGCAAACUGCAGCGAGUGAAAUCUCAACUUCACGAGCUGAAACGAUAAAAGGUGUCACAAAUCCAACAUUAAUAUCAACAAGUGAUGUAGCUGACAACAGGUCUACGUUAUCCCUCGUUGAAGGGCAAUGCCUACCUGAAUCUAAUCAAAAAAUUUUUUCUAAAUGGGUACGAGCUUGCGAUCAUACAGAGAGUAAACAGGGAGACAUAUUGCCUCUUAAAAAGCAACAAAAACAUGAUGAUAAUGGAAGAAUAGGACCCAAACUAAUCGUUAAACAAACUGGUACAACCUACCGUGCAUCAUUCCAAACUGACGACAAAGAGUUCAACAAUGACAUACUUGGCACUAGAAGACUUUAUUAUAAUCUAGCUGACGUAAGGUGGCGACUUGUAAAACUACCCAGUGUAGACGGGGGAUAA